UUCAAAAAGAAAAAUAAAUAUUGCCGACAUGAAAAAAUGCAAUGUUUGUUUGAAAAAACGUAUAUCUACUAUAAGUGUAAAGAAAUCAGAUAAAAAUAACGUAAAAUGGUAUACGAAACUGCAAGACGUAAUUCCUGAACUGCAAUGGUUGGAGAAGUACAUGAUUUGUAAAUAUUGUACCAAACAGUUAGAGAAGGCCUGGGAAUUUAAAAGAUUUGUACUGGAUCGUGAAAAAAACUGGAGAAAUGAAACGAAUGUGAAUGGAACUUGUUUAGAUAGGGACUGUGAUAAUACAGAACUUUUCACUGAUGACAAAAAAGGGGUAUAUUGUAUAAUAUGUUUUAAAGUGUUUACGACUAUAACUCAACUUCAACAACAUAAAUUACAAAUUCAUAAUGAACAGUUAAAUAAAAAAAAGAUUACACAAGAGGUAUUUACUUGUUAUAAUUGUAAUGAUAGCUUUGAUACAAAAGAGAACUUAAUAAAUCAUAUUGAAAAAGAACAUAAGGGACCCAAAUUAUGCUCUUUUAAGACAGUAUUAGGAAAUUCGAUAGAUGAAGAAACUGUUGAAGGUGUAAGUGAAGAUUACGAUACUUGGGCAAAACUAACAGACAAUGAUGUUCAAGAUAAUUCUAAAUUUUAUUGCAAGUUAUGUGGUCAGCCUUAUGCUACGGAAGAAAUACUUCAGAUACAUUAUAAAGCAUGUCUAAAUAUUGUAGACAAUAAAUUGACAAAUGUUUGUAAAGAAGAAACUAAUCAUGGAAUCAACGAAGAAUCUCGUCCAUACUUUUGUGAAGAAUGUCGAAUAAAUUUUACAUCAAUCCUAGAAUUUAAUUUACAUAAUUUUUCUAAACAUAAUGUUGAAGUGGCACCGGUUAUUAAAAAAAGGAGAGGUCGUAAACCAUUAAGAAAAUUCAAUUGUGAAAUGUGUAAUGAAGAAUUUGGUUACGUAAAAUUAGUAGUUGAACACUGCAUCUCUGUACAUGCUAUGGAUAAAAAAAUCAUUAAACCGUACUCGUGUGAAAAGUGCGAUAUGCGUUUUGUAUCCUCCGCUAAUUUGGAUCAACAUCGGAACUACCACAAUAAGAACCGUACCCAUAUAUGCAGCUUGUGCGGUAAAGGCUUUAUAACAAAAAGUGACUUAACAGUGCAUGAGUAUACACAUUACAAUCGCAGGAACUACAAGUGUACGUUAUGCGAUAAAGCGUUUAACACAAAUAAAAACCUUAGGACUCACAAUUUAGUGGUGCACACCGACAGAAGUUUGUGGAAAUACGCUUGUUCCAUUUGUGAAAAACGUUUCCCUUUAAAGACGAAUUAUGACCAGCACCUUCGAAGACAUACGGGUGAAAAGGAAUACGCAUGUCAUAUUUGUAAGAAGCCUUUCAUAAGUAAGAGUGAACUACAGAGACACAUACAUAUGCAUUCCAACAUAAGAGCUUUCAAGUGUAGCAACUGUGAUAAGGAAUAUAAAGAAAGACGCACUUACCAAGCCCAUCUAGCGAAAAAACAUGGUAUCGGAAACGUUAAAGUUACUAUAAGGGAGAAAAAAUUUGUGUGUCACAUUUGCCCCAGUCAGUUUUAUGAUAAACAGAAGUUGAUGAGACACAUUUGUAGUCAUUCAGGGCUCAAACCAUUUCCUUGUUAUGCGUGUGACAAGAAGUUCACUGAUAAAUCGUACUUGAAACAUCACUUGAAAACCGCUCAUAAUAUUAUAGAACAGUCUAAACUUGAAGCGAUACAAUAA